CAAAUGUAUCGUUGGCAUCUUCGAGAUAGACACUGGGAUAAAGCGGUUGACACGUGAAGGUUGUGGGAGUGUGUGAGUGAGGGUCCUCGUCGUCUGUUUAGUGUUUGGAGUACGGUACCACUGCUGUAGCUGCUCUCUGUCUUCAAGUCAUCCCCGACCGUCUUGGCUGAUCAACCAUGUGGGUGGAGGUGGUGUUGGGUGCUGCUGUGCUCUUCCUCCUGUGGCAAGUGUUGAAGAAACCCAGUGACCUUCCCCCGGGCCGGUGGGGUCUGCCUCUGGUGGGCUACGUGCCGCUCCCCUUCAAGUCACUCGAAGACCACCUCAGGGAUCUCUACAAAAAACAUGGGAGCAUCUACAUAUGGCGGAUGGGAGUCCACAUCAUGGUGUUCCUCCACGACCAAAAGAUGGCCCGCGAAGCCUUCACCAGCACCGACUUCAUCGACAGGCCGCCCUGGCAGAUAUUCUGCCUCGGCGAGAAGAGUCCGAAGGGAGUGGUGGGCAGCAACGGCCUCCUGUGGCAAAACAACCGUCGUUUCGCUCUCAGGCAGCUGCGAGACCUAGGCAUGGGCAAGUCCAAGCUGGUGGCGGCCGUGCACACGCAAGCCGCCAUGAUGGUGGAAGAGAUUAAAAAGCAAGCUGGCCGGCCGGCACGUCUCCCUCACGCCAUGUCUGUCGCCGUGGUCAACAUUGUUUGGCAGAUGGUCGGCAAUAUCCAGUUCAAGGUCACUGACCCAAAGUUCGUGGAGUUUAGGGAAUGCGUGGAAUUACUGAUGGACUCCAUGAAGAAUCUUGCCAUCUUCGACCUUCUUCCCUGGCUUGGAAAGAUCCUCCCUAGGCCCAUUCUGAACAGGAUAUGUCAUCUCGACCUUGUCGAGAAUGCCAAGGAAAAAUUCUUCGCUUACUUUAAGGAGGUGAUUGCCGAACACAAGAAGACGCUGGACCGUGACAACCCCAGAGAUCUGAUAGACGCUUAUCUGACAGAGAUGGAGAAAGAAAAUCCGGACUCCACCUGCAGUGAGAGGGACCUGUGCUUCCUCAUCUUCGACCUGUUCAAUGCUGGCUCGCUGACCACCCGCGACACAACGGUCUGGAUGAUAUUCUACUUGGCCAACUACCCGAGGGUUCAGGAGAAAUUGCAGCGGGAGCUUGACGAGGUGCUGCCCCGGGGGACGCUACCCAACCUCGAGGACAAACCCAGGCUGCCCUACACGGAGGCGGUGGUACACGAGCUUCUUAGAAUCACCUCCCUGGCAGCCCUUGGAGCCCAGCACGUGGCCACCCGAGACACCGAGAUAGGAGGCUACACCAUCCCGAAGGGCUCCAUCAUCAGCAACGUGAUUUCCGAGAUCCACAGGGACACGCGGCACUGGGACAACCCCGACGACUUCCUGCCGGAGCGCUGGAUCACUGCAGAGGGCAAGUUUUCCGCCAAGAAGGCUGGAUUUAUGCCCUUCGGAGUUGGGAAGCGGCAGUGCGUCGGGGAGGGACUGGCGCGCAUGGAAGUCUUCAUGUUCACCGUGGCACUCUUCCAGGCCUUCACCUUCACUCCCCUUCCAGGGAAGCAAAUGGAUCUCCGCCCAGACACCGGAAACGCAAUCGGCCACAACCCGAGACUGAAGCAGGAGGUGGUGGCCAUGGUUCGGCCCUGAUCCUCCUCCAUUAUUGCAACGUCUUAGAAAAAUCAAUCAAUAAAUCAUUAAAUCAC